AUGGAGAUGGACAGCAUUGACUGUGUGUCUUUCUCUGAUGGGAUGGAUGAGGAUGAGAUCCAACACCACACUAUGCAUCCUCAUCACCACUCUGAGUUUUCUUCAAACAAACCUCGUAAUGGCGGUGCUAAUAAUAAUAAUGUUUUGGGAGCCACGACCAUUUCUCCUGCAACCAGUGUUCAUGAGUUGCUAGAAUGCCCUGUUUGCACCAAUUCAAUGUAUCCCCCAAUUCACCAGACCUGCAACAUAUUAGACACUCUUAUGCUGGACCCCAUGGGAAAUAUGAGUAUGGGGCAGAAGUGGAAUUUGGAUUUAACAAUGAAGCCUAUGUGGCAAGGACUACUCGAGCUUGAUAAGCUCCAAAGAGGUUACGACAAAGAUGGGCUUGGGAUGAUUGCAUAUAAGUCUGAACAUAUGAACCUACGUGGGAAGGAAAAAAAAGUAACAAAUACUUUCUUGCAGUGCCACAAUGGGCAUACAUUGUGUUCCACAUGUAAAACAAGGGUGCACAAUCGAUGUCCCACAUGUAGACAAGAGCUUGGAGAUAUUAGGUGUCUAGCACUGGAGAAGGUGGCUGAAUCACUUGAAUUACCUUGCAAGUACUACUCCCUUGGAUGUCCUGAAAUCUUUCCAUACUACAGCAAGCUUAAGCAUGAGACAGUAUGCAAUUUUAGACCAUACAAUUGUCCUUAUGCUGGAUCAGAGUGCUCUGUUGUUGGGGACAUUCCCUUCCUUGUAGCACAUUUGAGGGAUGAUCAUAAGGUGGACAUGCACACAGGAUGCACAUUCAACCAUCGUUAUGUGAAGUCAAAUCCUCGUGAAGUAGAGAAUGCAACUUGGAUGCUCACCGUAUUUCAUUGUUUUGGCCAAUACUUCUGCCUUCACUUCGAAGCUUUCCAGCUUGGCAUGGCUCCUGUUUACAUGGCAUUCCUUCGAUUUAUGGGUGACGAGAACGAGGCUCGCAACUACAGUUACAGCCUUGAGGUUGGCGCAAAUGGCAGGAAACUUAUUUGGGAGGGUACGCCGCGAAGUAUUCGCGACAGCCACCGCAAAGUAAGGGAUAGCCAUGACGGUCUCAUUAUUCAACGAAACAUGGCCUUGUUUUUCUCCGGAGGUGAUAAGAAGGAGCUGAAACUAAGAGUUACAGGAAGAAUAUGGAAGGAACAACAGAAUCCAGAUGCUGGGGUGUGCAUACCAAACCUUUGCAGCUAA